AUGCCUCCUCCUUCGUCAAAGAAACGCAAGGUCCUCGAUGGCCUGAAGGGUCACACUGGCCGCAAAAAGAAGUUCGUGAAGCAGAAAUUCUAUCACAGCAGCUCCGAAGACGAAGAAGAAGAUGGGAAAUUCAACGCCGUCAGUCUCGAAGACUCGGACGUCGAAGAAGGGGGUGUUACAGUGACCAAGCCCACGGCCCUCGAUAUCCGCAUGAAUAAGACAAAGACAAAAGAAGCACCUGCACCGGAAUCGAAAAAAUCAGACGAUAGCGACGCAGACUCCGUCGACGAAGACAUUGAGCUCGAGGACGCAGACAUUGAGCUCGAGAACGACGACGAUGACGAAAGCGAUGCCUCUGGCUCAGACGAAGAUGAUCCCUCCGACUCAGCCCCUGCCGACAAACGCACCGGCGCCAAUAGCGGCCGAGCCGUCCCAAAGCGCAACGACCCUACCGCAUUCUCCACCUCCAUCUCCAAAAUUCUGUCCACAAAGCUUCCCACCUCCGCACGGGCUGAUCCCGUUCUGUCGCGCAGCUCUUACGCCGCGAAGUUGGUCAACGAUGCCGCCGACGAGAAGCUUGACAAGGCUGCGCGGGCUAAGAUGCGCGCCGAGAAGAAAGAGGAAUUGGAUCGCGGUCGCAUCCGUGACGUGAUGGGUAUCAAGAGAGGAAUUGCUGGAUCUGUUGCUGAGGAGGAAAAGCGUGUCCGCAAGAUGGCGCAGCGUGGUGUCGUAAAGCUGUUCAAUGCUGUGCGCGCGGCCCAAGUCCGAGGAGAGGAGGCCGCUAAGAUCGAGCGCAAGAAGGGCACAAUUGGUAUGGGAGAGCGGGAGAAGGCUGCGAACGAGGUCAGCAAACAAGGAUUCCUUGAGUUGAUCAAUGGAAAGAAGGGAAAGCCUUUGAAUAUCGAAGAGGCGUGA